UCCCCUUCCUUCCGUCCGCUUGUGCAUCCCCUCCUCGGCUCCUCGUGCGUUGUCUUGUCUGUCUCUCUCGCCCCCCUCUCGCUCUCAGACGACUGGUCGGCCGCCGCCACCGCCGCCGCCGCCCUAAGCUAGGCGCUGAGGCUUUCGUUGGUCUCUUCGCCGGCGAAGAGCACCCACCAGGACAGGCAUCAGGCUAUUGGAAUAUGGACCAACAAGGCAUGGAUGACCAUGAAGGGGUCCACGUUGUUGGAUUUGAAGUCCCACCUUCACCUGAUUCUAGCUACAACAACCCUAUUCCUGGAAAUGAAGAUGAAGGCCGGGAGCCCCCACUGGUGCCACCUCAUCUUCAGCAUACGCUGCUGAGCUUCCCACCAAGCCAAGACGAAUCGAGCCCGCUGCCUCAACCUCAGACCGUGGUUCUGAACCACCUUUACAUCGAGAAAGAGAACACAAGAUCCGUGGUUGCUCUGGGGAUCACGCACCGGUUCAAGGCCAAGUUUGUGACAGUCGUGCUUUACAAGCCAGUGCUGAGGCGGUAGGGUGUGGCUAUAUGUCCUGUGAGGUCCUGCUUUCUUGUGCAGGAUCUGUAAUGGUAAUGAUAAUUAAACACCCUUGGGGGUUGCUACCCACCGAUGAACAAAUAGAGUCCCACCCCUCUCCUGUUGUUGCGCAGAUUCUGCAGAAACAGAAGAAUUUAAGCCCCCUGUUGUAGUAGUGCAGCAGAAAACAGGCGAGGAGCCUAGGCCGUCAUUUUCGAAUGAUUAUUAGUCUUGUACCUAAUUUGGUUGUUGGUGGUGGCAGUGAUGGUUCGGUUGAAUGAGUAGUUGUGUUUAACUCUCAAGUGCUGUUGUGUCGCUGGCAAAGUAGUGAGAACGUGUUUUGUAUCUGUGACUGAAACCGUGGUUUUUUUUUCUUUUUUUCCCUUUCCCUUUUGUUUUCAUUUUUUUGGUUGUUAUGGUUUCAGUGUGGCGUAUCCAUGGUUAAGUGGGCACGAUGAGCAAAUAAAUAUCGAGAGAAAAUAUAUUGCA